AUGGGCCUCAUCAAGAAGACGUUCUACACGGGCGUCCUCGGCACCAGCGCCCUGGUCGGCUACCUAGCCACCACCACCAGCAUCAUCUGUCCGCUGCCGCGCAACGACCCUAUCUGGACCUCCAAGGUCUACAGCAAGUACAACAUCCAGAAGAACCCGUCUACCCAGGAUGUGUGCAUCAAGCGCAUCCCUCUCAGCAAGAUUCGCCCCGAGCUAUUGCAGAACGAGGGCGACCUGGCCGUUGAGUUCUGCCGGGGAGUCUGGAGCGGAUGGGGCUACGCCAUCCAGCGUCGAUAUCUCUCCCGCAAAUACCAAUCCGAAACUCCCCAGCAGCUAUGGAGCCCCCAACAGCUCGCCUCCUCGACCUACGAGCAAGGCACCGCCAUAACGGACCACUUCGAGGUGGUCGAGAAGACACCGACCUCCAUCACUGUUCGCUGCGGUGACUCCCCAAGGAAGCAAGAGCCGCGCGACUCGGACGGCCUGUUCGUCAUCUACGCAGAAGUGGACCGCGAGCGCGCCGAGGUCGAGCUCGGCCUCAAGAGCUGCUUCUUCAUCAGCGCCCGCAAGGUCGAGGGCAUCGUCGGCCCUAUGCCCGUCUGGAUGGAGAAGCUGCACACCUGGUACAGCCGGGUGCUCAUGGCCAGUGGCGCGAGCAAGGUGAUGCGGUAG